UCUGUCAUACAAGUAUACAUUAUAAGUACUAUCUUCACCUUUCUGCAAGUGAAACACACAUACACACAUUACACCACAUCAGAGUAGUCGUGUCUCGUGUGCGCGCACUACUCCAUUGACAUCGCCCAUCGUCUGGCGGCGCCAUGGUCGGCGGGGGCAAGAAGUCAUACGUGGUCGCUGUGGCCAUCCAGGCCCUCUACGCUGGCCUUUUCAUCAUCUCUAAAGCCGCCUUCGACAGCGGCAUCAACACCUAUGUCUUCAUCUUCUACCGCCUCACCGCCGCCACUGCACUCCUCCUCCCAACCGCGCUUAUCAACAACACCUGCCGCCGGAGCAGAUCAACAGCCUCAACACCACCACCAGCUAUGUCAUGCCGGCUGCUCCUCAAGCUCUUCCUAUGCGCCUUACUUGGGAACACAUUCACCCUGAACGUGUACAACGUGAGCCUGAAGCAGACCUCGGCGACGGUGGGGACAGCAGCCAGCAACUCCAUGCCGGUCAUCACCUUUCUCCUCGCGCUGGUUCUAAAGAUGGAGACAAUCAAACUCCGGAGCCGAUCUGGUUUAGGCAAGCUCGUAGGUAUCAUGAUCUGCCUCGCUGGAGUGCUUGUCAUCGCCUUCUACAUUGGCCCGUCCAUACACCCGCUCGCCCACCAUCCGGUCUUCGCUCACAAGCUGCAGAGAAUCAACAAUGGAGAGUGGAUCAGAGCCACAUUCCUUCUCAUCCUCGCUUGCACAACCUGGUCUUUCUGGAUAGCCCUGCAGGUUCCAAUACUUAAAGAAUAUCCGAACAAGCUGAUGGCCACGGCGAUGCAAUGCCUGUUCGGCGCACUCCAGUCCUUUGUCGUGGCAGCGGUGGCAGAGAGGGACUUCCAAAAAUGGAAGCUUGGGCUGGACAUUGGCCUCCUUGCGGUCCUCUACUCGGCCUUUUUGGGGACGGGCGCAUUGAUGUACCUACAAGCCUGGUGUGCGGAAAUGAGUGGGCCGGUGUUUGUCGUGAUGUGGAAUCCAUUGGCUUUGGUUUUCACUAUAUUUUGCUCAUUAUUCUUCCUUGGGGAAAUUGUUCAUCUGGGAAGGUAA